UUAUAGCAAUUCCCCUUUUCAAACAUAGAAUUCGAGGAGCAUCAUUUCUUCCGGCCCCCUUGUUCCAAGAACAGUGAAUCGAUUCGUAAGUCUCCAGAAUUCUAGGUAUGUUGUUCAAAUUUUGCUACAAGUUUCAUUCCAGUUUUCUUCAGAUUUGUAUCCCAAUCAUUGGCUGAUCUGAAGGUUUAUGUUGUCUUCCAUAUAUCAUUUAUUAAAGUGCUCACUCGUAACCUAGAAACAGCCGCUCUGCCCCUAAACAGAACAAGCUACUCCUUCCAACUUCCAAUAACACUUUUAGCUCAAAUUUCUUCUUUUUCUUGCUGAUUUCUCUUAUCAGUAAUCAUUUUCCAAUUUCUUUGGGUGUUAUUGUUUUAUGUUGAUAAUUCUCUGUCUCUAGAGAGAGAGAGAAACAUUUUUGGUUCGAAGGAAAGGAAAGCCCCUUUGUUGUUUCCGAGCCGCGCCCAAUAGGUUGGAAAUGGCUAUUUCGUAAGCUGCUAUUGUAGAUGUCUAGAGAAUACUUUUUGCAUUUCUCUUCACCUCUCAACUGCGUGGUACAACUUUCAGGUUCUAAAGGCUUGUCUCUCCUUGUAAGUGCUCAAGGCAAGAUGGAGAAUAUGCUGUAUGCGGAGGAGCUUGUCAGGGAGUUUCUAGUAUUCAGAGGCUUUACAAACACUCUGCAGGCUUUUGUCAAAGAGUUGGGAACUGAUACUGGCAAAGGAUUUCAAGUUGAUAAGAUAUUAGAUUUAAUUUUCUCCAUCUAUGUGCCCAAAUUCCAAGCUGAAAGCCUGUUUGAACUCCUUCGUUUUUUGAAGCAGUGCUUUUCUUCUCUUGAGACACAACUUAAUUCUAUUAUAUCAGACUUAGAUGUCUCUAUUAUACGGUAUUAUAUCAUUCAUGCCAUACAAGCUGGCAGAAAGGACAAAGUGAUAGAGUUGUUUGACAUACAUGGGAGUGAAUUGCUGCAAAAAGACCAAGAGUGGGCAUCAUGGUUUGCAAUUCCAUAUAUUAAAGCUCCCCAAUCCGAACCCCAGUUUCGGGUGUACUUUUCUAAGGAGUGGUCCAAUGCAUUGCAUCUCUCUCUUAGAAAUUUUCUGAGCAAGAUGUUUAAUGACACUCGUAUCCCUGCAUUAAUGAAGAUCAGUUCUGAAAGGAAUGUGGUGAGUUGCCUUAAAGGAGACAUCAAACAACUUAAUUUCAAACUUGCGCAACUUCAAGUAUUGUUGGAGGAGAAAGAGACUCAGUUGCAUCAGUUAAGGAGUAAUUCUUUGUUAGCAACGGAAGUCAUUGUUGGUACUAACAGCUCAUCAAAUCCUCUUGCUGGUUCUGGGGAAGCCACAGUUUUUGGACCUGCGUCAUCUCAUGUUGUUUGCGUCUCUUCAAGUCCACAAGCCGGUGAAAGAGAACCUAAACACAGUGAUGAUAUCAGGCCUGAUGAUACUCAAGUUUCAACUUCUAAAAUUAGUAGUCACAGCAGUCAGAACACUGGAAAUGAAGCGCAGAGAGAAGAAGAAUUCCCUGAAGUGAGAGUGGACUUCCAGGAGACAUUUUUAGGCCACACAAGUCCAAUAAGUCGUUGCCGUUUUUCUGCUACUGGGGACAAUGUUGCUAGUGCUUCUGUGGAUGGGACAGUUAGGAUAUGGACAUAUGACUCAUCAGCACCAGUAUCAAGAAACGCAACCAUCUAUUGUGGGGCAGAGAUCAUGUCACUUGAGUGGGAUUGCAAAUCUGAUCGUCUGCUUCUCAUAGGCACAACUGAUGGAGGAAUCAAAGCAUGGAACGUUGAUGCUAAGCGUGUUGUCUGUGAUCUUAGCUGCACAGAAGCAUUCCCAAGCGUGUUGGAUUUAAAAUGCAGUCCUGUGGAGCCGAUUUUUGUGUCUGCUGCUGCAUCGAGAUGGCCUGGUUCGAGAGACAUUGGUGAAUUGGGCUAUGCUUCUUUAACUGUCUGGAACAUGAGGACGUGGAAAGCUAUGACAGUCCUUCCUCUUGGUGAGGAUCCACCUCCAGUCACUUCAGUAUGCUUCAAUCACAAUGGAAAACUUUUAGCAGCUGCAGCUACUGAUGGAAUGAUACACAUGUUUGAUAUGUCUGCUGGCUUGCAAAUUACUGGAUGGCCAGCACAUGAUUCUGCAAUUAGUUCUGUUUUAUUUGGUUCUGAUGAGACGAGCAUAUUCACUUUGGGUAUAGAUGGAAAGAUAUUUGAGUGGAGUUUGCAGAAUCAAGGCGAAGUACUUUGGUCAACAGAUUGUGGCAGAUUCUGUAACCUUCAGAGUUUGUCACACUAUAAGCAGGAAAUGGCUCUCGAUGCUGAUGGACGAAAACUUCUGGUAACAUCCAACUCCCUGAGGGCGCCUAUAUACCAGGUACGAGGUCAUGCAUAUGGGAUGAGAACUCUUCCUCAUAGUGCAUCUAUAACAACAGUAGACUGGCAUCCGACAUCACCUAUCUUCUUGACUGGAUCUGCAGAUCACUCCGUUCGGGUUACAUCUAUGGCGUGACAACUUCUGCUUUCUCUGGUGUGUUGAUUUGGAUAGUCUGAUUUAAGGGAGUUGAAUUGAAAAUGUAAUAUUUAAUCGGUUAUCCAGUGUCUGGGUGGAUCUUGAAAGCUAGCUGUCCAUUUGUUAAGUUUGAUUACAACCAUUAGUUGAAGGGAUCAUCAGAAGCAGUGAGUACAAUAUGAAGGUGGUAACUCGGUGUAACUGAGGCUUGCGGAAAUAUUAUGGGAAGAAAAAGGACAAAGAAGAAGAGAGGUCCUGCUUCAUGGACUCUUUGGGAACCUUACCAUGCCGCCAAAGGUCUUUAGGCGUCAUAAUUGAAUUUGGUGUAGAUUGUACAAAGUGGAAAUCCAAUAUUCGUAAAAGUGUAGUCCUAUUGAGUUUUUUGUAUAUUUUGAAAUCUCUAUAUGCUUUAAUUAUUAUAUGAUAUGAUACUUGUUAGAUUUGCA